CAAAUCCCCUCCACUGUUACAGACACAUUCCCUCUUUUCUUUCCCUUUGACAAAUUAAGAGAGACACUAAAUAGAGAUGGAGCAACAUUAUUUGAGAGGAUUGGUUGUGGGGUUGGUUCUAUUGCUUGCUUUGCGAAUCGCAGAGGCCGGUUUGUCGCCGAAUUACUACGAAACGUCGUGCCCGAACGUCGAGUCGAUUGUGCGGCAGGCGGUGGAGAAGAAGAAAAACGCGACGGUCGUGACGGUGCCCGCGACACUGAGGUUGUUCUUCCACGAUUGCUUCGUCGAGGGUUGUGAUGCAUCUGUGCUGAUUGCGUCGCCGAACGGCGACGUCGGAAGGACGCGCCGGACAACAUCUCCCUCUGCCGCGACAGGGGUUUUCGACACCGGUCAUCAAGCCAAGGAGGCCGUCGAAGCUGAAUGCCCACCGGCGUGGUCUCCUGGUGCCGACAUACUGGCAAUCGCGCCAUCGUAUCUCGACGUUGCCUGGUCGAUCCCCGCUCAUCCGGUGUACGCGGAGCAGCUGAGCGGUGUGCCCGCCGCAUUCGUCGAUCCCACGAUGGCGGUGAACAUGGACCCGGUCACGGGGCCCGGUACUUCGACAGCUACUUACUCCCAAAACCGGUUCGCCGGCCUCGGGCCUUCAGGUCGCGACCGAGUGCUCUACCUCGACACACCGGACGAAGUCCGCGCGCGUCGGACGACAUUGCGGGAACCAGUAGCAGCUCUUCGCGGGCGUUCGCGCAGCAGGCGAUGGUCAAACGCUCGGGCGGGUCGGCUCAAGCCGGAAAACUUGGGCCAGAUCAGGAGAGACUGCACCACGUUCAAUUGA